CUGCAAGCGGGUUUUGUUGUUCAGCGUGCUGUAAGGAAUUUGAUGUUCGGUUUGUAUGCAGCCAAUCGCGGUAAAUUCUUGACUCUCAGUACGACUUGUGCUUUAAGUCCACUCUCUACGACCAGCUUUGAAUUUGCGCGCUUUUCGUGUGAAGUUAUGUGACGAAUGGUCUUUGAUUUGUUGAUAUUAUUAUGAUUGGUCUAACUAUUGGAUAACGUGAUUUAAAUUUUGAUAUUUUCGGAUUCUAGCCAUGAUGGAUGAACAGACCGCUUGGGUACUAGCCCUACAGCUGGUAGCCCUUGUAUCAAUAGCCAGUGCCAUAAUGCUUUAUUUGCUUUGCAAAAUUAAAGGCAACCACGAAUCUGGAUCGUCCGAAUUAUUUCCUGGAGGAGGCAAACCGGUGGUUAUCACAUGUUGUGAUAAUGCCAUGGGAUUACAGUUGGCAAUUCAUUUAGCAAAUCGCGGAUUCCGUGUAUUCGCUGGACUAAAAAACGGUUCAACAUCUGGAUCACCCGACGAUUCAGUACCAGGCAAGGUAAUAAGGGCAUGGCAAAAGUACAGAGAAAGCAUUCAAGGACAAGGAAACAUUGUACCUUUACAUCUAGACGUGACCAGAGAGGAUCUUUUGCACGAAUCUGUUGAUAUUAUCAGAGCUCAUUUGCCUGCUGGAGAAGAUGGAAUUUGGGCUGUGGUUUGUACCAAUGGAAUAACAUAUCGUGGUUCUUUAACUCAACAAGAUAUCGCUCACUGGGACGCCCUAUUGAAAACCAACAUUAUUGGAGUUUUAAGAACUGCUAGAACCUACCAGAGUUUACUAAAAAAUUCAAGUGGUAGAAUUAUUACAAUAGGAACUACUGAUAAUAUGGGUGGAGGUUUAGUGGCUUAUGCUGCUAGUAGAUUUGCAGUAGAAGGAGCCAGUCAGGCAUUAAGAGAGGAACUUUUCUCUGCUGGAAUUAAAGUAAUAACAGUAAAUCCGGUUGGGAUAUUACCCGAGUUACUUUUCUGUCAACCUAAGUUAGUUAAAAAACCUGAAACUGAAGAAGUAUGUGUUGAAAUAAAUGGUUGUUUGGAGUAUCAACCUCAAGUUCUUUCCGAUAGAGCUAUGGAAAUCCUGGAUAUCGCACUAACAAGCAGGGAACCGAAAAACAAGUACAAAUUGGAGUACAAGUACAAAUGGUCGCGCCAGUUAAAUUUGUGUCAAAAUAUUUAGUACAUAAGCAACUUUUUUCUAUGAAAAUAUAUUGUACUUUUUAAUAAUUUAAGUUUAUAGUAAUAUGAUUCUGUCAAUACAUAGUUUUUAUUUGAAUUUAAAACAAUGAAAUAAAAUACAAUAAUAAAAUAUCUAGAGGUGCUAAAAAUAAAGAUAAAGUGCAAAUGUAUACAAACAAUACUCUAAAUACUAUUAACCUAUUUUAAAUUAAGUAUCAUGGCAAAAUAAAAUAUUAAAAAAAUAAUUUCCAAUAAUCCUGAGAAGGUACGAUAAUUAUUUUAAAUUUAGGACGAAAGUCUUGGCAGAUGCAUUGAGGCCAUAAUUUCAGAUCGAACAUUAUCAUCAGAGAAGUAUAAGCAACAUGAACCUACAACAUAGAAAAAACAAAUUUACUGAGUUCUAAGGAUAGUGUAGAUUACAGGAUCCUUGAUUGGUUAUUCUACAUAAAUAGCAUCUGAAUUAUCAGAAUGAUAGAAGCACACCAGACACAGAUGUUUUGGCCCUAAAAAAACGAUGACAACAUUAGUAACAAGCCACAUUAAGAAUAUAUACUACGAACCUAUUGUUAGUUCUUAACCCAUAGCCAAUAGACCAGAUGAUUAAAACUCAUUGGAAAGCGUUAUUAGGCUGUUUUUUUUUGUCAGUAAUAAUAAAUUCAGGUUUGAUAAAGUUUUUGUAAAAACAAUUAUAUUUUUUCAACAUAUUUACAAAAGUCACAGUUACAUUGGACGGAACGUGUUGUUUUGGAACAAGGUGCUUAUCCUACAAUACUUUUAAGUACACUUUACGGUUUUGAUAAUUAUACACUUCAAAAGCCUGGUGAAUAAUGAAAGGCUAACUAAAAUAAACUUGAAGAUUAGGAAGGAAGCAAUAAAAGGCUUUGUUUUGGUUCAAGAACCAUUUAGAAUAGCAGAUAAUAAGUAUUAAGUAACUGAACCACAUAAAUCUGCUAUGCAAUUUUGCCAAUUUCUCUAUAUUUUACAAAGUAGGUAGGUAUAGUUUCAGCUAAUCCUUUCAAAAAUUAUCACAUCAGUGGAUAAUCUCCAAAUUCAUUUAGUGCCUUAAAUUCAUUCAUAGGCAGAAAUAGAACAAUAAUAUCGAGUUAAUAAACUAAUCAUAGGAAAAUAAAUAAAUCACUUAGUGCCGGUACUUUUGUUCUCAGUUUUCGAAUUUGGAGGCAGUUGAAAAUAAUCAGGGGUUUGAAUGUGCUCUAACCAGAGAUCAUACAUACAGACCUUGGCCCAUGCAAAACCUUGUUAAAUUUAACCAAGUAUCAAAUUCGUUAAUCAAGAUGGAAUGUAUUGGCCCUUAAUAUAUCAAGUACGGAUUGAGCUCUCAGUUCUAGAGAUUUCCAAUUAAUCAACAUUAUUUUAAAACAUAAUCAUUUUAACAUUGCCUAAAACAAUCAACGCUAAAACUCAAUAAAAGUUAGUAAAAACGUUACAGUCGAAGCCUUAUAAAUAAAACAUAAAUCCGCCACCAUUACCAGAAGCUGAAAGGAAUGUUGAAGCCUAAAAUGUCCUUUAAUGAAAGCAAUUUUUUAUAAUAAAAAUGUUGUUUUUAAAACAAUCAUUGCAGAUACUUUCUUGUCUUUAAAAUUGAGAGAAGUUGAUUCAUUUUGAAUGCUGUUCAAUAAAACUUAAAUGAGCCUACAUUAAAUGCUAAGGGAUAACCUAAUAAUGAAUACCCUGAUAUAAGUGAGUACUUAAUACUAUAAUGCCUCGUAAUCACAUUUUUCAAUUUCCUAAUUAUUCAGUUAGUAUCUUUAUUAGGAAAAACUAAAAAUCAUUCCAACAUAAAUUGAGAGAUAUCUUAUUUACGAACUUAGUUUCUUUCAUGAUUUUUAAAUUCAGUUACAGCAUAUGACACCCGAAAAGAUUAGCCCAUCCCCCAGAAGCAUUAUUGCCAUCUCAAGUAUGAUCGACCACUAUGGCUGAUCAGGAAGAUAGAAGAAAUUUCGCAUAGUCAACUUGCCUUGCGGUUUACAAUGAAGAUGGUCCUCGACGAACUGACAGGGACAGGUCAGAGAGGCACAGUGACGUCCGCCAGCAGAUGGGGGACUUUGGAGUAGUCCGCGGAUACGUUCGCGACCCCAUCUAGAAACGUAGCGGAGGUAGAGCAGAGUGGCGCGUUCCUGAAACAAAAAGA